GAUCUUUUUCAGAUAAGUUUCGAAAAUGACGGACAUGUACUUUAACAUAAACAGCGGGUACCUUGAGGGGCUCCUGCGAGGCUUCCGAUCUGGGAUCCUAACAUCUACCGACUACUCCAACUUAUCCCAAUGCGAAACCCUAGAAGACUUGAAACUCCACCUACAAGGAACCGAUUAUGGAAACUUCCUUGCCAACGAACCCAGCCCUCUCCGCGUCUCGGUGAUUGACGAACGCCUACGAGAGAAACUGGUUACCGAAUUCGGACAUUUGAGGCAGCAGGCUGUGGAACCGUUGUCGACGUUCCUCGAUUACAUAACUUACGGAUACAUGAUUGAUAAUAUAGUGUUGGUAAUUACUGGCGUGUUACAUAACAGACCGGUGCGUGAACUGCUUCCGAAAUGCCACAAAUUGGGAAGUUUUCCCCAGCUGGAGUUGAUCCACAUUGCGAACAGUGCUGCUGAUUUGUACAAUGCCAUCUUAGUGGACACUCCAUUGGGACCCUACUUCAGUGGGUGCAUCAGCGGAGGGGAUUUCAACGAGAUGAACAUUGAGAUAAUCAGAAAUACUCUUUACAAGGCCUAUUUGGAGGACUUCUACCGCUUCUGUUCUACCCUCGGGGGCACCACUGCCGAAUCCAUGUGUGAGCUGCUUGCCUUCGAGGCCGACAGAAGGGCCUUCAUCAUCACGAUCAACUCGUUCGGAACUGAACUCACCAAAGACGACCGGGCUCUCCUCUACCCCAAGUGUGGCAAGCUGUUCCCAUACGGACUAGCUGCAUUGGCUAGAUGUGACGACUACGAACAGGUUCGUCAAGUAGCCGGUUUUUACGCCGAGUACAACGCCUGCUUCGAAAGCUGUGGAUCAGGGCCGGGCGAGAAAACUCUAGAGGACAAAUUCUUCGAGUACGAAGUGAAUCUGAACAGGAAGGCAUUCCUCUACCACUUCAACUACGGAGUAUUCUACAGUUAUGUGAAACUGAAGGAACAAGAGAACAGAAAUAUCGUUUGGAUUGCAGAGUGUAUCGCCCAAGGACAGAAGGGAAAGAUUGACAACUACAUCAAUAUAUUCUGAUCGAGGCCACAAUUGAUUAUAUCAUAAUACUCGACCAGAAUGACACUGAUUAAAUAAAAAUUAAUUAAUGGAAAUUAUUUAUUCUGACCAAAUCAGACCCUAUCUCAAGUUUAGUUAAAAUACGAUUGCAGAAAUUUGAUUAUAUAGCGCAUGAAAUUCUCGAAUGAAUCUAGUUAAUUGUCAUGAAUUAUUCGGAAUUCUAUCCAAAAAAAGUUGUCAUUUGUCCAAAAAUUUCUGCUCAGCUCAAAGUUGAUCUUUUAAAUUAUCAAAAGAGUGUUAAAAACUGCCUUCAUUUGUAGAGUUGAGCGGAACAGCUUGUUGACUAUUACCUGUAGACAAUUGCAUGACACGUUAAAUGUAUUGGUAUUAAUGAUUCAUCAGUAGUGCAUAAAUUAUGAGAUAAGAUUGAUUCAGAGGUCAUGAUAGCCCAACGAUAAUGUUGAAUUCUUAUUGUGGCAUUUUUGGCGCUAAACUGUCUUUUUUUUCCAGACUGAAGAUAACGAAAUUGUCAAAUUUAUGUAAAUUUUGAAUAUUUUAUAUAGAUAUACUCGAAUUAUGUUGCUAUUAUUUAGAAUUGCAAUUUCGUUUAUAAAA